AUGAAGGACGGUGUUGCUCAUCGGACUUUCGGGGACCAGCGUGAGCUGCAUCGGCGUAGCUUUCAUGGACUCGUCGUUGCAUUCCUCGAAGAGACCUUAGCCACGAAGCGACAGGAUCGUUGUUUCAGGGACCAAAUGACCCGCAUGUAUCGUGGUGUUGUCACUGUUCUAUUUGGACAAACCGCUCAGCGUCCCGGGGUACCAUACACUGAAAAGCAUAGAACAAAAAGGUACCAAUUAGCAAGGCUCCCGUUCGCAAAAUCUGGACUCCAAACGUACUCUGGACACUGCUGA